AUGCCUUGUGAGGAGAGUUUUACCUAUUGUGGAAUGGAACGGAAGUAUCGGGCGACAGCUGAGGAUUUGAAAAUCAUUGAAAGGUUCGUCAAAGACGUUUGUGUGAGACACGCUGAGGAGCCGUUAGUGAAGGAAAGAUGGUAUGGGGCGAAGGAGCUGGCCGAUGAGGUCAACGGCAAAGUUAUACAGUUUCAGAAGGUGGCUGGAUUCGAACUUGCGCCUCGAACUCGCCCAGUGUCUGUUCGCAUUGGAGUGGUCGAUGUUGGGCUUGCUUCGAUUACAGCAGAUGAGUUCGACGAGGAUUUGGCCGUUCCGAUGCUCACUGAGUUGUCUGUGGAGGAGGUAAAUUUGGGGUUGCCUCGUGCUUCUAAUCUAGGGUAUGUCCGUGCUGUUAUGGGCAAAUUGCCGGUGCUGAAGGCGCAGGCACGGUCCUUCGCCACCCAGUGUGGGCCUAAGGACUACUACAGUGUAUUGGGCGUCUCUCGCAAUGCAUCUCAAGAUGACAUCAAGAAGGCCUAUCGUAAGCAAGCGAUGAAGUGGCACCCAGAUCGAAAUCCGGAUAAACGUGAUGCAGCUGAGGAGCGUUUCAAGAAUAUAGGAGAGGCCUAUCAGACUCUCGGGGAUGAGUCCAAACGCAGACAGUACGAUGCAUUCGACAACGGCUCAUCUCCGUAUGGAGGUGGCGCUAGUACAAGAAGGCCUACGGGUCCUAGCGCGGGAACGUCGGGACCGUUCCCGGGGACCUCGGGACCGUUCCCAGGGAGCAGUGGCUUCGCACGGGGUGGUUUCCCCGACAGUGAGGGCUUCACUCAAGGCAAUGCUUAUUACAGACAAAUGUCAAUGGAAGAAGCACAGGAACUCUUCAAGAGAGCAAUGGGCAUGGAUUUAGAUGAGCUCUUACGGAGCGCGAUGAGAGAUAGUUUUGGAAACCCAAUGGACUCUGGAUUUUAUCGAACGUCGACCCAAGUCGGAUGCGUCGAGUCGCAGAAGCGGCCAGAAACCUUUCGCGAGCUCUCCGAAUUUGCGCGGGUGGAUUCCGGCUCGCUCUUGGGGGAUAUGGGGGGAGACUUUUGGAAACGCGUUCAGAAGACCACCAGCUCCCAAUAA